AUGCUGCAGGCCGUGGCAAAAAUUGCUACUAAAGAUGCAACAAACGUCCAAGUGCCAGGCAUAGUGGAGCUUUCUGAUGCUACUAUCCUAGCCCCAGCUAUUGUUGUUCCCCCUGAGGCUCCUCCAGCUCCAGAGUUAGCAGUGCCCCCUGCUCCUGCUCCUCAGACCAAUGUCGUCGAUGCUAAGUCCUCCCCAAGCAUAGAAGAGUUCGUUGGGGAUGCUGGGGGAGACGCUGGUGACCGAUUUCCUU